UCUCCUGGUUGUCCCUGGUUGUCUCUGGUUGUUCUCUGGUUGUCUCCUGGUUGACCCUGGUUGUCUCUGGUUGACCCUGGUUGUCUCUGUACUUGUCUCCUGGUUGUCUCUGGUUGACCCUGGUUGUUUCCUGUUUGUCUCCUGGUUGACCCUGGUUGUCUCUGGUUGUCCCUGGUUGUCCCUGGUUGUGUCCUGAGAUGAAGAGGAGACUGCUGCUCGUGUCCAACUCCACCCUCCACGGUAGUGGGUACCUGGGACACUGUCAGGACAACAUCUCUGUCUUCUUCGGAAAAGACGUGAAGUCGGUUCUGUUUGUUCCUUACGCUCUGCACGACAGAGACGCCUACACCAGAACUGCCCGAGACAAGUUCAAGACUCUGGGUUAUGAGCUGGAAAGUAUCCACGAGGCCUCGGACCCUGUGGAGGCCGUCAGGAAGGCCGAGGGCUUCUUCAUCGGAGGAGGGAACACCUUCCGGCUGCUGAAGAGUCUCUAUGACAACAAGGUGGUGUCGGAGAUCAGGAGACGGGUGUUGGAGGAUGGCGUCCCCUACAUGGGCUCCAGCGCCGGCACCAACGUGGCCACCGUCAGCAUCAGCACCACCAACGACAUGCCCAUCGUCUUCCCUCCGUCCUUCUCCGCCAUCGGCCUCGUGCCUUUCAACAUCAACCCUCACUACCUGGACCCCGACCCCGGCAGCCGCCACAUGGGGGAAACCAGAGAGCAGAGGAUCACUCAGUACCACGAAGAACCCGACACACCUCAAGUCCUGGCUCUGAGAGAAGGGUCCAUGCUGCUGGUGGAGGGAAACAGAGCCACGCUACUGGGAACCACUAAGGCCAAACUCUUCAGCAGAUUCUCUAUAGACCAAGAUAAACUCAGCUCAUCAGCAAAAUCACUUUCAGACUCAACUCGGCUCAUGUUCUCUUCGCUGGGGACGACCCUCGGUGGAGUACGACCCCGGCAGCGACCUGAGCUUCCUGCUGACGGACGGCGGCCCUUCGUCCUCCUGAUGCCACACAUCGUCUCUUCUUCUUCACUGAUCCUUCUGCUUGAAUCACAAUAAAUGAUUUAAAGAAA